AUGAAUACAACAACAACACCAAUAAUGUCUAAUACAAAUACAACAAUGACGUUAUCUCUGGAACAAUUAUUGUUAAUUUUUAGAAAUCCAAUUGUGGUUAUACGAUUCUAUCAAAUUGGUUAUUUGUUUAUAUUUUUAAUUGGUUUUCCUGGUAAUAUAGCUAGUCUAUUUACAUUUUCACGACCAACAUUAAGAAAAGUAUCAACUGGUUGUCUCUUUAUUACUUUGGCUAUUUCUGAUAUAUCACAUUUACUUAUAUGUAUCUUUGAUUUUUUAGAAUUUGGUUUACAAAUUCAUUUCUAUCCUUACGUUGCAUACAAUGAACUUUGUCGAUUUCGUUCAUUUAUAAUGAAUGUAACUCAAGUUUCAUCAGCAUGGAUAUUAGUCAUAGUUUCUAUUGAUCGAUGGAUUCGAACUCGAUUUCCAUUUAAAUCAGGUUCAAUAUGUACACCAAAGAAAGCUCUGAUUGCUGUGGGUAUAUUACUG